UGCAAGACGGCUCCUCCCUUGUGUGUAAAAAAAGCAAAAACAAAUUGAACAGAAGGGAAGACGGCGCGCACUGCAGAACAGUCAGCAGCUUUGGGACCACGCAAAGCCGUUGUCGGAUUUCCCCGAGGGACGAGGAAACAUAGGCUAAUAGUGGAAUAAGGAACGGGGUGGCAGUAUGUUUUCCUCGGUGAAGGGCUUCGAGGGCCAGCAGUACUCGGCCUUGAAGAGCCAGUGCCAACAGAGCGAGAAUCUCUUCGAGGACCCGCUCUUCCCUCCGACAGACGCCUCUCUGUUCUACCAGGGGAACCGCAUCGGCAGAGUCCACUGGAAGAGGCCGAAGGAGCUGUGUGAUGACCCGCACCUGUUUGUGGACGGGAUCAGCGCUCACGACUUGCACCAGGGCCAGCUGGGGAACUGCUGGUUUGUGGCGGCGUGCUCCAGCCUGGCGUCCAGAGAGUCGCUGUGGCAGAAAGUCAUUCCCGAUUGGAAGGAGCAGGAAUGGGACACGGAAAAGCCGCAAUCCUAUGCUGGAAUUUUCCACUUCCGGUUCUGGCGCUUUGGCGAGUGGGUGGACGUGGUUAUUGACGACCGGCUGCCGACCGUUGAUGGAAACCUGGUCUACUGCCACUCUAAUGACAGCAACGAGUUCUGGAGUGCGCUGGUGGAGAAGGCCUAUGCCAAGCUGUAUGGCUGCUAUGAGGCGCUGGAUGGAGGGAACACAGCUGACGCGCUGGUGGACUUCACGGGGGGAGUCUCGGAACCCAUGGACCUGGACGAGGGCCAGUUUGCCACAGACGAGGCCGCCCGCAACGAGCUGUUUGAGCGCGUGCUGAAGGUCCACAACCGCGGCGGACUCAUCAGCUGCUCCAUACGGGCAACCACCUCUGCCGACAUGGAGGCGCGCCUGGAGUGCGGCCUGGUGAAGGGUCACGCGUACGGCGUGACAGACGUGCGCAAGGUGAGGCUGGGCCACGGCCUACUGGCUUACUUCAAGUCUGAGAAGCUCUCCAUGAUCCGCAUGAGGAACCCCUGGGGAGAGAGGGAGUGGAACGGGCCCUGGAGCGACAGCUCUGAGGAGUGGCAGAAGGUGAGCAAAAGCGAGCGAGAGAAGCUGGGGGUGACCGUAGAGGACGACGGGGAAUUCUGGAUGAACUUUGAGGACUUCUGUAAGUACUUCACCGAUCUGAUCCUGUGUCGGCUCAUCAACACCUCCUACCUGAGCAUCCACAAGACCUGGGAGGAGGCGGUGGUGCACGGCUCCUGGAGUGCCCAUGACGACCCGCGACGGAACCGCGCAGGUGGCUGCAUCAACCAAAAACCCACCUACUUACAGAACCCUCAGUACGUGUUCGACGUGACGAAGACUGAGGAUGAGGUGCUGAUCUGCCUGCAGCAGAGGGACCGCAGGGCUCGGCCCAGCGAGGGCAAAGGGGAGAACCUGGCCAUCGGCUUUGACCUCCACCGGGUGGAGGUGAACAGGAAGUAUCGCAUGCACAUCAAUCAGCAGAAGGUGGGCAGCUCCAUCUACAUCAACUCGCGCUGCGUGUUCCUCCGCCAGGACCUGAAGGAGGGCCGCUACGUCAUCAUCCCCACCACCUUUGACUCCGGCACGGAGGGGGACUUCCUGCUGCGGCUCUUCACCGAUGUGCCGGCGGACUGCAGAGAGCUGACGCUAGAUGAGCCUCCCCAGACGUGCUGGUCAGGCCUGUGUGGCUACCCUCAGCUGGUCAGUCAGGUCCAUGUGGUGGCUGCGGACGGCCUGCUGGCCCAGGACUCAGAUGGAGCCUCAGACCCCUACGUGAUCAUCCGCUGUGAGGGAGAGAAGGUGCGCUCACCAGUCUUCAAAGACACGUGCAACCCCCAGUUUGAUGUCAAGGGACUCUUCUACAGGAAGAAGGCCAAAGAGGGAGUCCUCAUAGAGAUUUGGAACCAUAACAUCAUCAAAGAUUCCUUCCUGGGUCAGGUGUCUCUCAAGGCCGACCCCAACGACCAACAGCUGCAGCACACUGUUCACCUGCGCGACCGUGGCAACCAGCAGAGCAACGACCUCCCUGGCACUCUUACUGUUCGAAUUCUGACCAGCGACGUCCUUACUAACAUCUGAGUCCUGCUGCAUACAUUCAACACACACACACACAUGUACACACACACACACACACACACACAUAUCUCUGAUCAUCAUCAUCAUCAUUAUCUAUAUCCUAUACCUUUCUACGCUACUCUCUCUUUUAGAAUCGGUGGCAGCCUAUGGACUUGAGAAUCACUAUGCCUUCCCAACAAGAUCUCUUUCCAUUGAAGAUGAAUGAGCUUUUAGUCCCUGCUGCGCCACCAACUUUUACAGUCAAAAACAAUCUCGUCAGUGUUGUCCUUAGCGGCACAGGAAGCAUGCCAAAAUAAAGUGUCAUUGCCAACCAGGAAGACUGGACAUUUGAGCGUCCCUUUGAGGAGAAUAACUUUAUACAAUGUCACGUUUGCCAAACAUUUCCUUCUACCGAGGCUAUGUUUUCAUUUUGUUUACGUCUCCGAGGUGUGUAGCUACUUGUUGAAGCGAUGUAUGGGACCAAAGAGUGUCACGCAGGGUUAAAAACGUCUCCCUGCUACAACUGCCUCAGUUGUUUGCCAAGUGCUUACCACAGCUUAUCUUUGUACCUUACCACAGAAGUACCUGAUCCCCUCCGGCAUCCAGGGCUGCGCUGGAUUAAUGUGCAGUUCUCAGGGCCUCUUUUCUAGGGCCCAGUGGCUUGAGGCUCCCCCUGACCAAUGGACACAAUGUGACGCUGUCGCAGAUUUGCCCCACCGAGGGGGGGGGGGGGGCAGUGGUGGCUUUUGGGGGGGGUUGGGUUGAGUUUUGCGUACAGUUUGGAUAUUAUGUUUGCCACCUUGGUGAAUGAAUGUGCAAAACGAAGUCUUUUUCUGUCCAUCUGUGGCCCCUCUCCCUUAGUUGUUUUCCUCUCAUGCAGAGGCUGAAGAGCGAAGCGUGUGCCAUGGCCGAAGGCGCUCACUGAGAGCAGUUAGUGUUCGUGCGUUGGUGUCAUGUGAUGAGUAGAUUGUAACAUUACAGUACAGAUAGAUCUAUUGAAAGUGGCAUAUUUACAUAUUUUUAUUUUUAUUCUCGUGGUUUUAUCAUUGUUUUUCCAACCAUUUGUCGAAUGAAGAAAUGCAUGCAAGAUGACUACUUAUAUGAAAUGACUUACAGGCUUGGCCUAAGCAUAUGUGAAAAAGCCUGUUUACACAUAUAAACAACUGCUUUUGUUUACAAAGGAGUGAGUUAUUGUUAAGUCAGUUGAAACUCCUGUAUUGCAUACAUAGUUUGUAGUUUAUAUUAUGGGCAAAGAUAAAUAUGAAUAUCUGUUCAUGAUUAUGAUUUCACUCAAAGUGACAGGGGCUGGACAUAAUUUGUUUGCCAUUGGUCGUUUAUAUGUUUAAAUGACAUUUUGAUUUCCUCUUUUAUGGGGAUUUUAUAAUUUUUUAGUUUGUUUUACUUUAUAUUGUGUUUUGUACGUCCCAAUUGUGUACAUUAUAAUCUCAGUAUUUAUUUUUUACUCUUUUAUGUGUAUCCGUGUCAAUCAAGUCCAGCGAGCUGGUUAGUCCUAAUAAACUCCGAUACAAAUGUGGGAUGCAAAUUUCUGUGCCCUGUUUUCACAAAA